CUCGCUCCCCACAUUAUUAUACCAUAUCUCAUCAUGGCCGAGAAAAACAAUAUUUCUAGGGCGACUGCUUAUGUUGGUGACGAGUCCCCAAAACAUCCAGUGGACAGCGCAAUCAACGCUUCAGGCCAUCGUCAAGAGCUGGAUCAGAAUUUCAGCCUCCUCAGCAUCUGUGGCAUUGCAGUGACUCUGGGGAACACAUGGAUCGCACUUGGUGGCGGGUUGGCUGUUGCUAUUAAUAAUGGGGGCCCAGCUGGGGUUAUCUAUGAAUUUAUUGCAGUGUCGAUCAUGUACUGGUUCGUGUCUGCAAGUAUUGCAGAGUUAGCUUCUGCCAUCCCGUCCACAAGUGGAGUUUAUCAGUGGGCAUCGCUCACUGCCGGCCCCUAUGGUCGGAUAGUUGGCUGGUUCACUGGAUACUGGAAUUGCCUCUGCUGGAUUCUUGGCGGUGCUUCGAUGUCUGCAAUUAUGGGGAACCAGAUCAUCUCAAUCUAUGCCUUAUUCCAUCCUGAAUUUUCUCCGCAAGCGUGGCAUGUCUUUGUUGCAUAUCUGUGUUGCACAUGGCUGUGCUGUGCCACUGUACUGUUUGCCAACAGGGCUCUGCCAAUGCUUAGCAAUGUUGGAAUGUUCUUCAUUAUUGCCGGUGUGACUAUCACGAUCAUUGUGUGUGCGGUAAUGCCAACGGUCAAUGGAACCGGUCACGCAUCGAAUCAAUUCGUAUGGAGCAAUUGGCAAAACGGGACUGGGUAUUCCAGCAAUGGGUUUGUUUUUCUGGCCGGCAUGCUGAAUGGGGCAUUUGCUGUGGGAACGUCGGACUGCACGACGCACCUCGCUGAAGAGAUCCCGAGGCCUAGUGUCAAUAUCCCAAAGGCAAUACUGGCACAAGUCAGCAUCGGUUUCGUGUCAGCGUUCGUCUACAUGAUCGCAAUCUUCUACGCGAUCAACGACCUCGAUGCUAUUCUCGCAUCGAACUCGACUUUCCCCCUUGCGGAUAUAUAUCUUCAAGCCACUGGAUCCCGUGGCGGUGCGCUCGGUUUAUUGAUCCUUGCAUUCCUCCCGACUCUCAUUAACGCCGUCGGGUGCUAUAUCACUGCAGGCCGCAUAUUAUGGGCAUUGGCUCGGGAUAAGGCAUGCCCAUUCGACAGUUGGGUUGGAAAGGUCAGCAAGACUUUUCACAACCCUUUUAAUGCUACGUUGGCCUGUGGAGUUAUCAUCACUGUUAUGGGCGGCAUCUACGUAGGAUCAACAACGGCCUUCAAUGCCUUUGUGGGAUCUUAUGUGAUCUUGUCGAGCAUGUCCUAUCUUGGUGCAAUCCUCCCCCAUCUUCUAUCAGGGCGAUCCAACGUCACACCAGGACCAUUUUGGAUGAAAGGAGCCACUGGAUAUAUUGUCAAUGGCAUCAGCUGCACGUAUAUUAUUGUCUUUGUGGUAAUUUUCUGCUUCCCUGCUUCUCUUCCCGUCGAUGCAACAAACAUGAACUACUCCUGCCUUAUCACUGGUGGACUCACAGUCUUUGUUGCAGCCUUGUGGUUCUGGUAUCAGCAUGACUACACCGGCCCCCAGGCCGUUCCAUCUAGUCAGCAUGUGUACAUGGGCGAAUCUGAGAGCUAA